AUGUCCAUCCUCACCGAUGUCCAGCAGCUCUUCAUGUGCCUCAUCGAGCCAUGGCUCAUGAUCGGCUUGUCAAUCACCUACAUACCUAGCACCAUCGCCGACCUCAUAUCUUCGGGCAACUAUGGCAAACUCUUCUCGCCAUCGGCCUUUGGCGAAGAACUCUUUGGAAACCUCUGGGUGACAUUGGGUCCACAGGCAAAGGCUGGUGCCGAACCAGUCGUUGUUCCACUCCUCGAAGGCAAAGUGUCUGGCGGUAGAGUCCAUAACCACGUCGUAUCCACGCCUGUGCAUGGGACGGUUCUCGAGGUUGGUGCUGGUAGUGGUAUGUGGGCGGAUGUCCUGGCUCGCAUUCACAGAAACGCCUCGUCCGAGAAUGGUGAAAAAGAAGGGCUGAGAAGUAGAAAGGGCGAGAGUGGAAGAGGCAAAAGCGGCAUCACCAAGAUUUAUGGCAUUGAGCCGAACCCCAUUUCAGCGGCAACCUUGCGUAAGCGAGUGAAGGAUGUCGGCUUGGGGGAUGUGUAUGAGGUGGUGCCUGUAGGCAUCGAGGACGUCACAAACCCAAACUCGUGGGAGGGCAAGAUUGAGCCCGGGAGCGUCGAUUGUAUCGUUGGCAUCAGGUGCAUGUGCAGUAUUCCGGAUCCCAAGGAGAACAUUGAGCACCUGUACAAGUUGUUGAAGCCGGGCGGUACGUGGUAUGUGUUUGAGCAUGUCAAGACGACCCGAGGGUUUCCUAUCAUGCCUCUUUAUCAGCGUGAGUGCUUCGAUCCUGUGCCUCGUGGGGGAAGAUUAGUGACUAAUCCGAUUGGGUAG